UCUUGCACCCGCUCCUCGCUCCUGAGAAGGGUCCUGCCAACUCUGUAUUGUCCUGUUGGAUUUGCAGUCAGAAGUCUGAGGCUGGCAGGCACUGGGCAGGCAAUGAGUUCUUUCCCUGUAAGUUGGGCACAAAAAGAUCGGCAUGGGAGCAGCCUCCUUUGAGACAGCUGCUCUGAGAGAAUGCAAUAAGCAGGGAGCAGCCAGAAAUUCCUCCUAGCAGAGGGCGACUCGUGGGAGGAGUUCAGUUUGCCAAGUACUGUCAUUUGUUGAGAGAAGGUGUGUGCUCAAGGAGGAGUUUUAACCUGGAGGAUCAUUAACUCUUUUAGUCAGCUGAGAAGCUGCGGUGGCUCGGCGAGUUGGAGUUCAUCCUGGAAGCGUCUGCCCAGCAAGUUCAGGGAGGAGGUGUGGAAUAACUUUUUCAUGGGACACUUUGAGAAGGGCCAGCACGCUCUGCUCAAUGAAGGAGAAGAGAAUGAGAUGGAGAUAUUUGGCUAUCGGACUCAAGGCUGCCGAAAAAGUCUCUGCCUUGCCGGAUCCAUCUUCUCAUUUGGAAUCCUCCCCUUGGUGUUUUACUGGAGACCAGCAUGGCACGUCUGGGCACAUUGUGUCCCAUGUUCCUUGCAAGAAGCAGACACUGUGUUGCUGAGGACAACAGAUGAAUUCCAAAUUUACUCUUGGAAAAAGGUAAUAUGGAUCUACCUGUCAGCAUUAAACAGCGCCUUUGGUCUCACUCCUGGCCACCCUCUCAUUACAGAUGAGGAGUGUAUCAUAAAUAGAGCCAUAAGAAAGCCAGACCUAAAGGUGAGAUGCAUAAAAGUGCAGAAAAUAAGAUAUGUUUGGAACUACUUAGAAGGACAGUUCCAGAAAAUUGGCUCUUUGGAAGACUGGCUCAGUUCUGCCAAGAUACAUCAAAAAUUUGGAUCAGGCUUGACAAGAGAAGAACAGGAGAUUAGGAGGUUAAUAUGUGGACCUAAUACUAUUGAUGUUGAAGUUACACCAAUUUGGAAACUGCUCAUCAAGGAGGUUCUAAAUCCAUUUUAUAUAUUUCAACUCUUCAGUGUCUGUUUGUGGUUUAGUGAAGACUAUAAGGAAUAUGCUUUUGCCAUCAUAAUCAUGUCCAUAAUUUCCAUAUCUUUGACAGUAUAUGAUCUCAGAGAGCAAUCUGUAAAACUCCACCAUCUCGUCGAGUCACAUAAUAGCAUUACAGUCUCUGUAUGUGGGAGAAAAGCUGGAGUUCAAGAGCUGGAAUCACGCGUCCUGGUGCCUGGAGAUUUAUUAAUUUUGACAGGGAACAAAGUGCUAAUGCCAUGUGAUGCCGUUCUGAUUGAAGGCAGCUGUGUGGUGGAUGAAGGCAUGCUGACAGGAGAAAGUAUUCCAGUCACCAAAAUUCCAUUACCCAAGAUGGAUAGCUCUGUGCCCUGGAAAACACAGAGUGAAGCGGAUUACAAACGGCAUGUCCUCUUCUGUGGAACAGAGGUUAUCCAGGCCAAGGCAGCUUGCUCUGGGACUGUGAGAGCAGUGGUACUGCAGACUGGAUUCAACACUGCAAAGGGAGACCUUGUGAGAUCCAUUCUCUACCCCAAGCCAAUGAAUUUUAAGUUGUACAGGGAUGCCAUCAGGUUCCUCCUAUGCCUUGUAGGAACAGCCACCAUUGGGAUGAUCUAUACUCUGUGUGUCUAUGUGCUUAGUGGGGAACCUCCAGAGGAGGUGGUGAGGAAAGCCCUUGACGUCAUCACAAUUGCGGUUCCUCCUGCUCUACCUGCUGCUCUGACCACAGGCAUUAUCUAUGCCCAGAGGAGGCUGAAGAAGAGAGGCAUCUUCUGCAUUAGCCCCCAGAGGAUCAAUGUAUGUGGACAGUUAAACCUUGUCUGCUUUGACAAGACAGGCACCUUAACAAGGGAUGGCUUGGACCUCUGGGGAGUCGUGUCCUGCGAUAGGAAUGGCUUUCAGGAAGUUCACAGCUUUGCCUCGGGCCAGGCUUUGCCAUGGGGCCCACUGUGUGCGGCGAUGGCCAGCUGCCACUCUCUGAUCCUUCUUGAUGGGACCAUCCAGGGAGACCCUCUGGACCUCAAAAUGUUUGAGGGCACCACCUGGGAAAUGGCUUUUUCUGGGGACGAUCUCCACAUCAAGGGAGUGCCGGCACAUGCCAUGGUAGUUAAGCCCCGCAGAACAGCCAGCCAGGUCCCAGUGGAAGGAAUCGCAAUCCUGCAUCAGUUCCCGUUCUCAUCGGCACUGCAAAGAAUGACAGUCAUUGUCCAAGAGAUGGGAGGUGACCGACUGGCAUUCAUGAAAGGUGCACCAGAGAGGGUCGCCAGCUUUUGCCAACCUGAGACAGUACCCACUAGUUUUGUUAGCGAACUUCAGAUUUACACGACACAGGGCUUUCGAGUCAUAGCACUGGCCUACAAGAAGCUGGAAAAUGACCACCAGACUACUACCUUGACGAGGGAGACAGUAGAAUCAGACCUGAUAUUUCUGGGGCUGCUGAUCUUGGAGAAUCGAUUGAAGGAAGAGACAAAACCUGUCUUGGAAGAGCUCAUCUCAGCCCGGAUAAGGACUGUGAUGAUCACAGGUGACAAUCUUCAGACUGCAAUAACAGUGGCCAGAAAAUCUGGAAUGGUUUCUGAAAGCCAGAAAGUCAUUCUCAUUGAGGCAAAUGAAACCACUGGGUCCUCAUCAGCAUCUAUAUCUUGGACAUUAGUAGAAGAGAAGAAACACAUUACGUAUGGGAAUCAGGACAAUUACAUUAACAUCAGGGAUGAAGUCUCUGAUAAAGGCAGAGAAGGAAGUUACCAUUUUGCCCUAACUGGAAAAUCCUUUCAUGUUAUAAGUCAACAUUUCAGCAGCCUACUGCCAAAGAUACUGAUCAAUGGGACCAUCUUUGCAAGAAUGUCUCCUGGGCAGAAGUCCAGUCUGGUGGAAGAAUUUCAGAAACUGGAUUACUUUGUAGGUAUGUGUGGUGAUGGAGCCAAUGACUGUGGGGCUCUGAAAAUGGCUCAUGUGGGCAUCUCAUUAUCAGAGCAGGAGGCAUCUGUGGCCUCACCUUUCACUUCGAAAACUCCAAACAUUGAGUGCGUACCUCACCUUAUCAAGGAAGGACGUGCAGCUCUCGUUACCUCCUUUUGCAUGUUUAAGUACAUGGCUCUGUACAGCAUGAUUCAGUAUGUUGGUGUUCUGCUGCUCUACUGGGAGACAAACAGCCUUUCAAAUUACCAGUUUCUGUUCCAGGAUCUGGCCAUUACAACUCUUAUUGGUGUAACAAUGAAUCUGAAUGGUGCCUACCCUAAGCUGGUGCCUUUCAGACCUGCAGGACGGCUGAUCUCUCCACCUCUGCUACUCUCUGUGAUUUUCAACAUUCUUCUCAGCCUGGCCAUGCAUAUUGCGGGCUUCAUCCUGGUUCAGAGGCAGCCUUGGUAUUCCAUGGAGAUACACAGUGCCUGCACAAUACAAAAUGAAAGCAUCUCAGAGUUAACCAUGUCUCCAACUGCUCCAGAAAAAAUGGAAAGUAAUAGUGCCUUCACAAGUUUUGAGAACACUACAAUCUGGUUCUUGGGAACAAUCAACUGUAUCAUUGUGGCUCUUGUGUUCUCUAAAGGAAAACCAUUUAGACAGCCAACUUAUACAAACUAUACAUUUGUCCUUGUGCUGAUAAUACAGCUUGGUGUGUGUCUAUUCAUUCUAUUUGCUGAUAUACCAGAAUUAUAUAGACGUUUGGAUCUGCUCUGCACUCCCAUCCUGUGGAGGGUCUCCGUUGUCAUCAUGCUCAGCUUGAAUUUCAUUGUGUCCCUUGUGGCCGAGGAGGCAGUUAUUGAAAAUCGAGCCCUGUGGAUGAUGAUUAAAAGAUGUUUUGGCUAUCAGUCAAAAAGCCAGUAUCGGAUAUGGCAGAGGGACUUGGCAAAUGACCCUAGUUGGCCCCCACUAAACCAAACCUCCCACUCUGACAUGCCGGAGUGUGGCAGAGGGGUGUCUUACAGCAAUCCAGUAUUUGAGAGCAAUGAAGAACAACUUUGAAGGACAUGUGAUAUCCAAGUUGAUAUUACAGAUAAAAACAAUGACAAAAGGGACCAGUUUCAUUGAUUUUAAGAAAUGAGACUCUUGUAACAUCAGCUGGAGUUUUGGGGCUACCUAUCAAAUCAUGGUGACAAACUAAAGUCUGUUUGAUAAAAUACUUUCUACAGAGAAGAACAUUGACCCAGAAGAGUGCUUUCCUCUUGGCUUCUGAAGGUAUUGGAGGCAUUCAGUGAAGGCAAGAAUGGUCCAAGAAUUGCUAUGGGCCAAGAGACAAGCAGGCUAAGGGGGAAAAAUAUAUGAUCUUUCCUCUUAGGACAGGACAAUACUUUCCUUUUUAUAAAAAUGAGUUGAGGGGAAGUAGUACUGUGUAUACUCAUGGAGUUGUAAUUUUUGAAUUUUUACUUCAUCGAUGGAAAAACUAAUGCAUGGGAAACAUUACACCAGUCUUUACUGUCUGGGUUCCUUUUCUCUGUAGUACUUUUCAGAUUUGAGGCUUUUUCUUCUGUUUCUGGCCUUACCCAACAUAUUAUUAAAGAUAAGCUUAGCCUAUGCUGCAAUAAAAAACAACUCUCAGAUAUCAGUGCCUUAACACACAAGUGCUUCUUUCAUGAUCCAGGUGACACUCUGGAACUGCCAUUCUUACAGUAGUGACUGCUUCAACCUGAUGGCUCCAUCAGCUCGAUGCAAGGACUCUGUGUUGACUGUGACGGGGGAAGGAAUAGGCUGGAGAUCACAUGUGGGCUCUUCACUGCCUCACCCCAAAAGUGGCACACAUUGCUUUCCCUACUCAUAUCUCAUUAGUCAAGGAUUUGGCCAGGGAGCUAGAAAGUGCAGUCUCCUGUGUUUAGGAAUGCUUCAUGGGCUUAUGAGCUGUCACUACACAGGGCCCCAUGCUUAGAAGGGCUCCACACUUGGCUUUAACAUUCUGCUGUUUCCAUCUUAAAAUUCUUAAUUUUUGAACAAGGGUCCCCAUAUUUUCAUUUUGUUCCAGGCCCCACAAAUGAUAGAGUUGGUCUGGAAUGUAGUCCUGGGAAGGAGAGGAAAAUAACAGAUCAGAAAGCACGAGUGCUGUCCACUACAGUCCACUUCUCCUAACCCCAGUAACUUAUCCUAUGUUUUAGGAAUCUCUCAUGUCAGACGGCCAACUCCAGAAAUUUUCACUCCUCUGCUUUAUUAUUUUUGAGAAACAUUAGUCUCGUGCUACAGCAUUAUAUGGCACUAUUGAUGGAAGUUCUUACACAACCAGUACAUUUUUUUUAAAGUUUGUGGCUUCAGUUUCCAGAAGACUAAAAUUUUCAUUAUUUUGUCACUAUUACAAUUUGGUUAUAUCUGAUUUGUUCAGCACAAGGACGACUCAGGUUUCUGUUAGCUCAGGAGACAACACUGAACUCUAGGAGCACAUCUACACAUAAUAUUUUAAGGCAAAAGCAAGAUUUUUAUUAUGAGCAUCGAAUCCUAGGUGAAUGUUCUGAUCAGGGGAUAAGUGUCCUGGCCCAGGCUGGCUUUGGAACUUAUCAAUAGCAUUUGAAAGCAUUCCUUCCCCCUAACUGAGCUCUUGAGCAUGGAUGAUGGCUCUAUGAUUGCAGCUGAUUCUAGGAACAUGGUGUCUCCCAGCCAUGAGGGUACCCUGUUACUUCUGGUUUUAAAAUAGGGCAUGAAGAUAUUUUAGUGUUUCAAGACUGCAGAAUCACUGUCUUUUUUAGUACAGAAAGAAAUGUUUCCUUUUGCAAAGCCAGCCUCAGCAAUGAUAUGGCAGUUCUGAAUGUCCUUCUCUAAAAGUGUUUCUCAUUUUCCAAAAGUAGAGGGUUAUAGGCAGGGGCAAGCUAGAGAUGGUCUGUGACCUAGUCAUGAGCAAGAUCAGCCUGCACAGUUCAUACUUAAAUGUGCCUUUUGCUAAGGGCGUUCACCUCCACUAACUCACCUGAAUUGUACAAUUGUCCCAUGACUCAACAAGCAAGGGCUUAUCAUCUCCACCAUAAGGAUGAGAAAGCUGAGAUUCAGUAAUGGCAAGAGCAGAUCUAGGCUUCAAAUACAGAUCUUCUGAGCAAACCUUAUAUUGCUUCCAAAUACUUCCAAAUUCCGGAGUUCCAGCAGUGCAAGUUGCUUAGGGUGAUCUCACAGUCAAGCAAAGAAUGGGCAACCCUUUGCUAAUACCAGGCGCUCUGUUCAAAUGAAUGCCAGGCAUCCUGCCAGGCCUGGGCUAGAGGUGUAUUAAAAACAAAACAAAACCAAACCAAAAAAUGAUUGUCUGUCUUUCUGAGACUUUGAGUUGCUCUUGCCUUGAUCCUAAGUGAUUCUAUCCCUAGCAAAGGCUGGCAGGGAACAGGAAUAAAAGAAUCUAGUCCUCCACUAGUCAAGCAGCCAUAAAAUCUUUGGGAAAAGAGACUCAUUUUGAAGACUGUAUUCCUGGGAUUAACUAUAUCUUAGAAGCAGUAAUUGAAGGAACAGGGAGUGCCUAGCCUGGAAAGAAGACAGUCAAGGGACUGUGAAGGGUUUUCCUGAGAAAGAAGGAUCCGACUUGUGCCAGGUGGCAUGAGAAGGCAAAAUCAGGACAAGUGGGUAAAGAUCACAGUGGGGAUGGCUUCAGGCCAUCUGCCCUAACCACUGUCCUAACAGCCAGCACUGAUAGCAGUGGAAUGUACUCUAUGACAUUGGAGGAACGAGUGGCUAUUCAAAGGCCAAGUAGAGAAGGAAGUCAGGUAUCAGAUGAAACUCAAUUACCUGCAAGAUCUCUUUCAAGCUUGAUAAACCCAGUGUCUCAGUCUUAUGCUGUGAUGUGAACCUUUUUUUUUGAGAUGGAGUCUCGCUCUGUUGCCCAGGCUAGAGUGCAGUGGCACGAUCUCGGCUCACUGCCAGCUCUGCCUCCUGGAUUCACACCAUUCUCCUGCCUCAGCAUCCCAAGUAGCUGGGACUACAGGUGCCCGCCACAAUGCCCGGCUAAUUUUUUGUAUUUUUAGUAGAGACGGGGUUUCACCAUGUUAGCCAGGGUGGUUUCAAUCUCCUGACCUCAUGAUCCGCCCGCCUCGGCCUCCCAAAUUGCUGGGAUUACAGGCAUAAGCCACCGGAUGUGAACUAUUUUCUACUGCUACCCACAUAGAAUACCAGACCGACACUCAUGGGAGGAUGGGCUCUGGAGGGAGGGCUCCCAGCCUUGUCAGAUCCGAUUGUGUGGACAUAUAGACUCAAUUGCCCUGUACCUUGAAAGGGGACCCCUAAUGGAGAUAAGAUCCUAGGAAAGAGGUGCAGAGUGGGGGUCCUGAUUGUCAGAUUGAAGCUGGGGGAAUACUUCUGAUUUGUGAAUUUUCUUAAAGAGAGGUGUUAAAAAACUUUGCAUGAAGGAGCAUGGGAGAGUGCCCUAAACUUGAGGGCAGAGCAACCUGUUAUCAAUACACUUUCUUGAGCAGAGUCUGAAGGACAAAAGAACACGGUCACAUAGUCCAAAUCAUUUGAGAUGGUGCCCUGUAUGUUCAUCCCAAGGCAUCUGGCUGUUACCCACAGAGAACCCUGACUCUGGGCUUCCCUCACUAAAUAUGUCUGUGACAUCUGUAUCCUUAUGUGCUUAUGGAAAUGUUCACGUACACACCUGCAGAUGUGAUGACUGAAAAAAACGAUUAUUUAUUCAGAGCUUUGUAUUUAGUUUAUGCUAUAAUAAAUUCAGUUGUUAUAAAAAUCAAUCUCUCUCUCUGCAGUGGAGUCUUUCAC